UGUGAUGUAAUGUAAUCUGAAAACUCGCAGCUCUCUUGUCGGGAGGAGGGGUUUAUCUGGCAUUCCAGACGUUCUGCGUUAUGAUGUCCAAUAGGAGAGCUCCUUUUACGCACCCCAUUGGCCACUCUUGGCGUCAGUCACAAUAUCCUUAACACUAUGACAGAUUACUAUGGAAGAAGGUGGAGAAAGGGAAAAAUACCUAAAUAAUCUGAGUUGAACGGCCAUUUUUGUUCUGCUCGUUGCGGACUGGAGGACAUAGAUGAAGAAACACAGAACCUGAUAAAUACUUUAGCUAAGCUAACGGCUAGCCAAGCCAGCUAACGUUACAUGUAGCUGUGCGAUGACCGAACGGUGGUUGCUGGUGCCAGGUCGAGGACUGUAGUAUCUCUGUUGCAUCGAGUUUGUUGUUGUUGUUGUUGUUGUGCACAAACCGACCGUUUGUGGUCGGAAACAAACCCGAGCCAGACCGCUAAUGGACCGGAGCCGGACCUUUGAAUUCUCAUCAGAAAGUUCAGCUAACCGUAUCGUUGGCUGCUCCGCGGAUAUCAGCGGUCAUCAAUGGACACGUCCGGCUGUUUGAUGCCGGAGAACGUGGCUGUCGUUCGGCUCCGAUGGACGGAUAACUACCGGUAACUUCAGCUCAUAUCAGCCGGUGGAUCGGCCCGUUGUUCGACUCCAGCGACACGAACCGAUCUGUCUCACGGGAACGGCUAAAGCUGCUCCUCACGGUGGUCAGGUCAAACCGGCACAAGGUGUCCGCCGCUAUUUUACCGGGAUAAUCGGUUGGGAUUAUAACGCUGAAUCAAAUUAAGCAUUCGAGUGUCCACAAUGGGACCAGCGACCAAACUGGCUCUCAGUGUUUUCUUCAUCUCCUGCUGCUCAGUCCCACCUGGCCUCCUCAGGUGCCAUCCUGGGCCGCUCGGACACUCGGUGCAUCCACUCCAACUCCAAUGCCCCCCCCCUCUCCUCCUCCUCCUCCUCCUCCUCCUCCUCCUUGCUGCUGGAGACUCAGGGGAACACUGGGGUGGUCUCCUGCUCUGGAGAGAAGGAUAAGCGACUUCACUGUUUCGCCACCUGGAGGAAUGUAUCUGGAGCGGUUCAGCUGGUCCAGCAGGGCUGCUGGCUGGAUGACGUCAACUGCUACGACAAACACCUUAGGACGGAGAGUGUUCUUCUAUAAAUCCUGUUCUUCUUCGGCUGACAGGAGUGACUGUGUGGAGAAGAAAGAGGCUCCUGAAGUCUUCUUCUGCUGCUGUGAAGGAAGUUUGUGUAACAAUAAGUUCCUCUACAGCCCUGUCAACAACCAGCCACAGAUACCAACAACAAACAAGCCAGUGCCUUCAAAGACUCCAGUGCUGACCACUCUGAUGUACUCACUGGUUCCGAUCAUGGCUCUCACAGCCGUCGUCCUCUUCUUCUGGAUGUACCGCCACCACAAACAGGCCUACCCACCUGUGCUGGUGCCCACGCAGGACCCCGGCCCUCUGCCUCCCUCCCCCAUUCUGGGCCAGAAGCCACUGCAGUUACUGGAGGUCAAAGCCAGGGGGCGCUUUGGCUGUGUGUGGAAGGCUCAGCUACUCACUGAAUACGUGGCUGUCAAGAUCUUCCCCAUCCAGAACAAACAGUCGUGGCAGAAGGAGUUUGAGAUCUUCAGCCUGGACGGGAUGAGUCACGAGAACCUGCUGCAGUUCAUCGGAGCAGAGAAGAGAGGAAGCAACAUGAACCUGGAGCUGUGGCUCAUCACGGCCUACCACGAGAAGGGUUCUCUCACUGACUACCUGAAGGCCAACGUCCUCUCCUGGUCUGAGCUGUGUCUCAUCGCUCAGUCCAUGUCCCGAGGUCUCGCCUACCUGCACCAGGACGUCCCCGGACACAAGCCUGCCAUCGCACACCGGGACUUUAAGAGUAAGAACGUUCUUCUGAAAUGCAACCUGACCGCCUGCAUCGCGGACUUCGGCCUCGCUCUCAGGUUUGAGGCGGGAAAAUCCCCUGGAGACACACACGGACAGGUGGGGACCAGGAGGUACAUGGCCCCGGAGGUCCUGGAAGGGGCCAUUAACUUCCAGAGAGAUGCCUUCCUGAGGAUAGAUAUGUACGCUGUGGGUCUGGUGCUGUGGGAGCUCGCCUCCCGUUGCAAAGCUGCUGAUGGUCCAAUAGAUGAGUACAUGCUGCCCUUUGAGGACGAGGUGGGUCACCAUCCGUCUCUAGAGGACAUGCAGGAGGUGGUGGUCCACAGCAAGCUGAGACCCACCAUCAGAGAGUGCUGGCAGAAACAUACUGGGCUAGCCUUUCUGUGUGAGACCAUUGAGGAGUGCUGGGAUCACGAGGCCGAAGCUCGCCUGUCGGCCGGCUGUGUGGCGGAGCGAGUUGUUCAGAUGCAGCGUCAGAUGAGCCACAUGGAUCCCGAGGAGGUUGUCACCGUGGUCACCAUGGUAACCAAUGUGGACUACCCCCCAAAGGAGUGCAGUUUAUGAUGAGGACCAAUCAGGACGGAGCUGGGACUUCCUGAGCAAACAGUUUCUUUCCCUGAUGGCAGACUCUGGUCACGUGACCCUCUGAUGAGGAUGCAGAGGGUCUCUUUCUCAGCACGGUGAGCAACACUGAUCAAUGAUAUUAGUUCCUGUUUGUAUUGUAAAAAAAAGACUUCCUGUAAAGUAAUUUGAUCUGAAGAGUGACUCAUUGUGUGUGUGUGUGUGUGUGUGUGUGUGUGUGUGUGUGUGUGUGUGUGUGUGUGUGUGUGUGUGUGUGUGUGUGUGCAUAUGCAUAUGUAUAUACGUUCCAGAGCAUGGUUUCAUAAUCAGGCUUUUUAUCCUUUCUAUUAUUUUAAAAGAUGGUUUGUUGAGACAAAAGUGGAGAUAAGUGGGAGAUUAAAAUAGUUCAUUAAAAUAGAUUAUACAAGUUUAAGUCUAAAUAAAAGUCACAAGACAUUUCACAUGUUUUAGAUAUUGAUUAGGAUCAAUAAUCUGUGAUGUUUCACUAUUUGUUCAACCUAUUCUGAAAAUCAAAUCUGACUGAAGAAAAUCCAAAACGUGCUUUUUAAUUUUCAUAAAGGUCUUGUCAGAAACUAAAAGAGCUGCUAAUCAAUAACACUGAUAACAGAGGAUGGAAUGUGAAGUUUGGAUUUGUUCAAUUCACAGUUAAUAUUAAAAGUAUGCUUUUAUUUUGUAAUAGCUCCUGUUGGUUUCCUGUGUUUUAUCCUGUUUGUGGCUCAAAAGUGAAUGGAAUUAUUGAAUAAUUAAUCCAGAAAUAUUUCUAUUUUUAUUAAUUUUGAUUCAGACAUAAACUUGGUAUUAUCACUGAAAAAAGAGAAAACCUGUGGGAUUCAAAAAGACAGUUUGAGAAUGAAGAAAGAAAAGAUUAAACAAGUAAGUGACAUCAUUGUGUGUUACGAGACGUUCAGGGAUCGUCAGGAAACCAGACCACUGUCUCACUUCGCUUCAGUUUGUACAUAUUAACAUUUAUUCUCGGACAAUUUUAUAAUGUUGAAAUGACCGGUAGCUUUAUAUGACGAUAAUGAAGAUAUAGAUGUUAAACAUGCAUGCAUGUGUGAACAUCUUUCAGUUUUCUGUUUUUUUGGUUUAUUUUACAUUUUCUCUUUGGAAGCCAAGAUCAGAAAUGAGCCAAUUGAUCGCUCGCCCGAUCGUUUCAUAACAUUUUAAGAUGCAACUUCUGGAGAAAAGUCUUGAGAUUUCUUUGAUUGUGAAUAAAAUAUUUCCAACACUAAUGUUGCAGAUUUUCAGCUUCAGAA